UGUGACAGUAGUGCAGCUAUGAGUGGAAUUUUAAAGAGGAAGUUUGAAGAAGUUGACGGCUCCUCACCCUGUUCGUCUGUGCGGGAAUCAGAUGAUGACAUCUCUAGCAGUGAAAGUGCUGAGAGUGGGGAUAGUGUCAACCCUUCCACUUCAAAUCAUUUUACCCCAUCCUCAAUUCUGAAGAGUGAGAAAAGGAAGAGGACAAAAAAUGUUCAUUUUAAUUGUGUUACGGUAUACUACUUUACCAGGAGGCAAGGUUUCACAAGUGUCCCCAGCCAAGGAGGCAGCACUUUGGGCAUGUCCACUCGUCACAACAGUGUACGCCAAUACACUCUUGGGGAGUUUGCAAUGGAGCAAGAACGGCUUCAUCGAGAGAUGUUGAGAGAGCAUCUCAGGGAAGAAAAGCUGAACUCCUUAAAACUCAAGAUGACUAAUAAUGGCACUGUGGAAUCCGAGGAAGCGAACACUUUAACGCUGGAUGACAUUUCUGAUGAUGAUAUAGAUCUGGACAACACUGAAGUAGACGAGUACUUCUUUCUGCAACCUCUGCCGACAAAGAAACGAAGGGCACUCCUACGAGCCUCCGGAGUCAAGAAGAUUGAUGUGGAAGAAAAACAUGAGCUGCGAGCCAUCCGUCUUUCCAGAGAGGACUGUGGUUGCGAUUGUCGGAUCUUCUGUGACCCGGAAACUUGCACUUGCUGCCUUGCAGGCAUAAAAUGCCAGGUGGAUCGUAUGUCUUUUCCGUGUGGUUGCACUAAAGAAGGAUGCAGCAAUACAGCUGGCAGAAUUGAAUUUAAUCCCAUCAGGGUUCGGACUCACUUUUUGCACACUAUAAUGAAACUUGAAUUGGAGAAAAACAGAGAGCAGCAAGUCCCCGCGCUGAACGGCUGCCACGCUGAGCUAAACGCUCACAGCAGUGCGAUGGGUCCCACCUCCCACCCCCUGGAAUUUUCAGUCCCAGAGAACUUUGAAUUAGAGGCUGAACCCAGGGCUGCAGUGAUGCAUUUGCAGUCGGCAGGUGACUUGGAUUGCCCUGGAGAGGAAGAAGAAGAGGAAGAGGACGAGGAGGAAGAGGAGGAGGAGGAAGACGCAAGUAGCUUUUGUAGUGGAGUUACAGAUUCCAGCACACAGAGUUUAGCGCCCAGUGAAACAGAUGAAGAUGAGGAGGAGGACGACGACGAUGAGGAGGAGGAGGAGGAGGAAGAAGAGGAGGAGGAAGAAGAAGAAGAAAAACUAGAUGAAUGUCUGGAAGGCUUGGGUGCUCAUGCUGAUGCAGGUCAGGCCCUUCCUUCUGUCCUUUGCUAUUCAGACAGCACUGCCAUGCAUGAAAAUCAGCCAAAGGCACUUUCCUACUACCCAAGCUCCACAUCCUUGUAUUACCAAAUAGAGAAUCAUGGCCCUGGCACUCCUAACCAGAUUCGGGACACUUACUCGGAAAGAGAGACUGUUAAGAACGGGAAUCUUUCUCUGGUGCCUUAUAACCCAACUUCAGAACAGUUUGUGGACUACACGCGGCCCUCAGAGGAAAAUUAUGGCAGCUCCCUGUAUCCUUCUUCAAACCCGUCGGUCAUCGUUUGCUGCUCUUCGUCAGAAAGCGAUAACGUCGUUCCAUGUAGCAGUUUAUAUGCGGAACAUCGGCCAAGGCAUUCCCAAGUGGAUUUUCCUUCAUACUUGAAAAGUCCUUCGCAAGAUGGAUUUGUAUCUACUUUGAAUGGUGGCACGCACCUCCCGGAGCAUCCCACCGAGAAUUCACUCGUCCUUUCAGAAAAGAGCAGACUACACGAAGAGUGUAUCAAAUCUCCCGUCAUGGAAACAGUACCUGUUUAA